AUGGUGACCAUGUUUGUCUCCAAAACCGGUCAUGUUACGACUAUUCCUCUUGAUGAACAAAGAACGGUUAAUGCAGAAUGGUAUGCUAACAUUUGUUUGCCACAUGUCGUUUCUGAACUCCGGAAAGAGAACUGCAACCGCCGCAUCACCCUCCAUCACGACAAUGCGAGUUCUCACACCGCACACAGAACAAAAGAGUUUUUAGAGCAAGAAAACAUAAAAUUAUUAGACCAUCCGUCGUUUAGCCCCGACCUAAGCUCUAAUGAUUUCUAUACUUUCCCUAAAAUAAAAAAUAAAUUGCGUGGACGGAGAUUUUCAUCACCUGAAGAAGCUGUGGAUGCCUACAAAAUGGCCAUUUUGGAGACCGCAACUUCCGAAUGGAAUAGUUGCUUCAAUGAUUGGUUCCAUCGUAUGGAAAAAUGUGUCAAAUUUCGCGGAGAAUACUUCGAAAAGCAAUAA